CCAUCUCCGGCCGGCUGAGGAGGAGGUGUCUGUCCCCAGCCCUCCGAGCAGCCUCCCGCUAGCUGUUCCCGGCUGCGCAGCGCCCGCCAGGAACUGCGGCCCGUCCCCAUGGCCUCCCCCAGGGAGCUCACCCAGAACCCCCUGAAGAAGAUCUGGUUGCCAUAUAGCAACGGCCGACCGGCACAGCACGCGUGUCCGCGCGGAGUCUGUGUGACCAAUUGUCCCACACUGAUCGUCAUGGUGGGCCUGCCAGCUCGAGGGAAGACCUAUAUCUCCAAGAAGCUGACACGCUACUUAAACUGGAUUGGUGUCCCAACCAGAGAAUUUAAUGUUGGUCAGUAUCGUCGAGACCUGGUGAAGACAUAUAGAUCUUUUGAGUUCUUUCUUCCGGACAAUGAAGAAGGCUUGAAAAUCAGAAAACAGUGUGCAGAGGCAGCCCUCCGAGAUGUCAGGAAAUUCCUCAGUGAGGAGGGCGGACAUGUAGCAGUUUUUGAUGCCACAAACACAACACGAGAACGCAGAGAGACCAUCUUUAAAUUUGGAGAGGAGAAUGGCUACAAGACCUUCUUUGUUGAAUCAAUCUGUGUGGAUCCUGAUGUCAUUGCUGCCAACAUUGUGCAAGUGAAGCUGGGCAGUCCCGACUACAUUGACUGUGGGAAUGAUGAAGCCACAGAAGACUUCAUGAACAGGAUUGAAUGCUACAAAAAUUCCUAUGAGACACUGGAUGAAAAUCUGGAUAAGGAUCUCUCCUACAUUAAGAUCAUGGAUGUGGGGCGGAGUUACCUGGUAAAUCGAGUGAUGGACCAUAUUCAGAGUCGGAUUGUUUACUACCUCAUGAAUAUUCAUGUGACCCCUCGAUCCAUCUACCUCUGUCGCCAUGGAGAAAGUGAACUGAACCUCAAAGGAAGAAUAGGUGGGGACACAGGACUGUCCCCAAGGGGGAAGGAGUUUGCUAAGAGCCUGGCCCAGUUCAUGAAUGAUCAGAAUAUCAAAGAUCUGAAGGUUUGGACUAGCCAGAUGAAGAGGACAAUUCAAACUGCAGAGGCCUUGGGUGUCCCCUAUGAGCAGUGGAAGGUUCUGAAUGAAAUUGAUGCAGGUGUCUGUGAAGAAAUGACUUAUGAAGAAAUUCAAGAGCAUCACCCUCUGGAAUUUGCACUUCGGGAUCAAGACAAGUAUAGAUACCGAUACCCAAAGGGAGAGUCCUAUGAAGACCUCGUACAGAGACUGGAGCCAGUCAUUAUGGAGCUGGAGAGGCAGGAGAAUGUCCUUGUGAUCUGUCACCAAGCUGUAAUGCGCUGCCUGCUUGCCUAUUUUCUAGACAAGACUGCAGAACAGCUGCCUUAUCUCAAGUGCCCGCUGCACACCGUUUUAAAGCUAACCCCAGUGGCCUACGGUUGUAAAUUGGAAUCCAUAUUCCUGAAUGUUGAAGCUGUGAACACGCACAGAGACAGACCUGAGAAUGUAGACAUUUCAAGACCUCCAGAGGAAGCCCUUGUCACCGUCCCUGCUCACCUGUGAACCUGUGUCCUCAUCAGCCAUCAAACUUGUGGUGCAGUUUUCAUUAUUUUUCAUAAACUAAAACAUUCUAAGUCACUUUCAAAUCAGCUCAAAAGUUGUCUUGGAGAGACUUCCUUGAAGGGCUUGGCUCCAGAGCGGCUGCCCCAGAAUGGGGCAGGCCCCUGUUCUGCAUUAAUUGUUAGAUUUAACCUGCUUUUCUAAUCAUCCAGUGUGUGGACUCUGAUGUUCAGUAGCAGGCAGACCUGUAUGAAGUGUUCAACCCUGCCACUGUGAAGCCACUGUGUUGGCUGGAUGACAGACUUGAAUGUUAACAAAUUCCCUGGGUUGACUGCCCUAGGGUGGAGUGCCAUUUCCUUAGACUACCUUGUCUGCUGAGCUGUUGAGCUGGUAUCAUUUGCUGGUUGGCAGAAUUCCCAAGGACAUCCCCAUGAUAUUCCCUGGAGAAGGGCUGGCACCAGUGGGCAUGUCCACCCCAGCCUUUUGCCAACAGAGAGCCUUCCACUGGUGCUGUUUGCCUUCAAAAGCGCCUUAACUGAGCACCCUAACUUUGGAGGGAUCCAGAUAGCUUUUAAACACUUGAAAUGGCAGGAGGCUUCCUAAGGCAGGAGCUGUCAGUAGCCAGAUUCACCCUCCACCUCCGAUCACAUUGCUAAACCCCAUUCUGGGACCAGAUUCACCCACUGCUGAUUUAUAUAUACACUGAAAUCCCAAACAGUAAAAUGACAACUGCCAUCAGUCCCUCCUUGACUGUACACACAUCAGCCAUAAUGAGCCUUUGCCAGGUGUUCACACGCUGACAUUCACCAAGGGCUGGGUGGUUAUGUUCACCUCUUGCUGAUUUGGCAUCCACUCUGAAAUGUAUAAAGGUGCUGAUGGUCCCUUCUUGAUCAUACACACACUGGAGCUUUUACAGCAAGGCAAUAGCUAGAAUCACCCUUAAUCAGGGGGUGCAGACAGAAGUCCUCACUAUUUCCUAUACGGUACUGAGAUUAACAUGGGCGACAGCAGUAGUUACCAUCUACUGAGUGUAAUCACAAAGUGAAAUUCACACAGGAAGGCAGAUGAUGACUGUAGUCACCCCCUUGCUAACUAUACUCAAGCUAAAAUGUCGAGGAGGAGAAAGAGAUAUGAAUGUGACUGGUGUCUGGAAAAUUUAUCGUGCCCCCUCAAAAGUCUUUAGCUGAGGCAUAUUGACACCUUCCCUGUGGAUCAGGUUUGUGACUUGAGUCCUUCCCGAGAGAUGGCACCAGAAGGUCCCAAGCAUGUUGUGGAAGACUCAUAGCUGCUUUUUAUGUGUCUAUUGAAGCUUAAUAAAAAUAAUAACAAUAAUAACCCCUCACAAUUGUCCAAUGCUUUCCCAUACAUUCUCUUACUGAGCCGGGAAGGCAUUAUUCCUGUUUUACAGAGAAAGAAACUGAGGCCUUUGAAAAUAAGUGUAAUUUAUCUAAGGUUUUACCAAGAGUUCCUGGAGCACCCCAGAUGUCUUGGCUUCUAGCACAGAAUACUUGAAAAUCUCCUUUAUAUAGAUAGUUCUGCUUUCCUUUGUAAAUAAAGGAAGAACCCAGCCAUCCCCUUGGCAUUGGGAGCAGAUCAGUCAAGUAAUCAAAGCCCAGUUCAUUGCCUCCUGCUCAGCAUUAGGGUUUCCACGGUUAAGAGGCUUUUGAGAAUUGAUUUUUGGCUCUUCAGCUAUCCUGAAAAACUACACGUAUGGGUUAUUGCUAGAAAAGGAGACUCUAGAAGCGGUUGGCAAGGGACAGGGGACAGUAGACCUCUGAUUGUAUGACAGGGCCUGGGUGGCCUUUGACUCCCCUGAGGCUUAGUCCCCUGUAGGACCUGCAGCUGGAGAAUGAUCCAUUGGAGAGUGUCUUCCAGAAAUCGCCAUCCUUCCACACACCUCCCUUCUACUGACUCUCAAGGCCAGGUGACCUGUGACAUUUGGGCUUCUUAGGAACCAGGCAAUGCCCUCUGUCCUGGGCCAGCAAACCACAUUCCUGGUAUCCUGGACCCUAAAGACUGAUCCAUGACUACUUGCUCCCAGCAACCUCUGGUCCAUGUCUCCAUCAGUGACCACUGGUGUCCUGGGUCAUGAAGCUGUCCUGAAUGGCCAUGGGUUCCCUGCACCAGGACCAAGCUGCUACUGCUUUGUGGCCUUAGUCCGUGUACACCUUCCUUGAUUUCCUGUAGCCAUCUGUGCCUGUUCUCAGGGGUAUUAGCAAGCAAUUGGUCUUGGGCUUACACUGGAAAGAGUUGGGGUUCAGGACUGGAAAGAGGUCAGGGAGCUCCGGGGAAUCUGGGUGGAAUUGCCACCUGCCAGGGUGGGAAAGUGUUUGUACCCAAGCAGGGACCCUUUCCAGGAGAGCCAGUUGCCAAGUUUCAACUGAAAAUCACUAAGAAGAAAAAAUCCCCACUUUCUGUUCCCCCUGUAUUUUAGCCUGUAAUGCCCAAACUACACAACCUUCACAGGAGGCCUUUUUUGUUUUGUUUUUUCAAGCCUAAUUAUAUUGUCCUGUCCACGUGGUACAUGCACUGUAUCAGACUUUAAUUGCAAUAAAUGCUCUUUGGAAUCCAA